CUUUUUUCUCUCUAUUUUUUUCCCUUUCUUUCUUCGAAAUUUAGCCAUGAAAAGCCAGCUCUCUUAACCCAGCUAAGGUUAGCUCUUUCACUUGGGCUUUUCACGUGUUGUUGAGUUUAUCGUUAAGUCCUCCCAUGAAGAUGCAUGUAGCUGAAAUAAAUCAUUUUGGGAAUUGCACUGAAGAUGCAUCUAAUGAGCAAUCACUCUCUGCAGUAUCUCUGGAUGCUUAUAAUGUCUUUGAAGAUCCAGAGGUCCUACCUCGAGUAGGAGAUCAGUAUCAGGUUGAAAUUCCACCCUUAAUAACAGAAUCUGAUUCUCUCCUGCUGACAGACAACCCUACUGAUGUAAAAAGCUCUGUUGUGUCUUAUGAACAUCUGAUGGGAUUACCCGUGUCAAUAAUGUGGGUCAGCAAGGAAGUUGGGAAAAUUAAGCAUGAACCUGCCGAAACUCUUGUUAAUUCUAUUGAUCUGUCCAAUAAAAAUGAGUCUGUAAAAUCUGAAUGCACCCUAGAGACCCAUAGAGAAGAUGGUGACUUAAUGGCUAAACUCGAGGCUACGGAUAUUACACCAGAUGAUGGGAUAAAGUUUCAUGAAUCAGAGAAAUUAGCUUUGGAGCUGGAAAUAAAGAUUGAAAUGCAUCAGAAGCAUUAUUUUGGAGUUCCAGGUACCCCAAGUGAUGCCUGGAACAAUUUAGAAGAAGCAAGUUUUCUCCUUGGUCUAUAUAUUUUUGGGAAGAAUCUUGUUCUGGUGAAGAAGUUUGUUGAGAGUAAAAAGAUGAGGGAUAUACUUUCAUUCUAUUAUGGGAAAUUCUAUAGGUCAGAGAAAUACCGCAGAUGGUCAGAGUGCCGGAAAAUGAGAAGAAGAAGGUGUAUAUAUGGACAGAGAAUAUUUACAGGAUGGAGGCAACAGGAGUUAUUAGCUCGUUUGCUUCCCAAUGUGUCAGAGGAAUGCCAAAAUACUUUACUGGAGGUUUCCAAGGCAUUUGGAGAGGGAAAAAUAUUGCUAGAGGAAUAUGUAUUCACUUUAAAGGCUACAGUUGGGUUAAAUUCUCUUGUCAGUGCAGUCGGGAUUGGUAAAGGGAAGGAAGAUCUCACAGGCAUUACCUUGGAGCCUAUGAAAGCCAAUCAAGUUGCUCCUGUCCGUCCAGAAAUACCUGUUGGAAAAGCAUGUUCUGCUCUUACACCCUUGGAGAUUAUCAACUUUCUAACAGGAAGCUACCGGUUAAGCAAAGCCCGAUCAAAUGAUCUGUUCUGGGAAGCUGUUUGGCCUCGUUUGCUUGCAAGGGGGUGGCACUCAGAGCAGCCUGCUAGUCAAGGGUAUACUGCUGGUUCCAAGCACUCUUUGGUUUUUCUUAUCCCUGGUGUUAAGAAGUUUUCCAGAAGGAAACUGGUGAAAGGAGACCACUAUUUCGAUUCCGUCAGUGAUGUCUUGAGUAGGGUUGCUUCAGACCCAGGGCUUCUUGAACUUGAAAUUGGGGCAGAUAAGGGAGAUAGUAGCAAAGAAGAAAAUGGAACAGAAUCUGACAGAGAUGAUCUUCCUAAUCGGCAACGUCACUGUUAUCUCAAGCCCCGAAUCCCAAAUCGUGGUGCAGAUGUCAUGACAUUUACUGUUGUGGAUACAAGCUUGGAUGAUGGAGGAAAAUUCAAGGUGAGAGAACUCAGAAGCUUACCCAUUGAAAUGAACAUUUCCAACUCAAGUGAUUCUGAAGAAAGUACUUCUGAGGAGCUUAUAGAUGAAUCUGAUUUGGCUGAUACUUCAUGUUCUGGUAGAGUUGAAACUAAUGGUUUGAAACCCACGGAGAUUAAUCAUGAUAGGGAAGUGUAUCCUGAUGGAAAUGCUUCAAACAAUAAGUUUCCAGUUGAUGGUCAAGCUUCGACUAAUGUACCUGCCAUCCCAAAGGACCCAAAAACAAAGGUCUGCAAUGGAAAGGCUAUGAAGAACCAACCAAGCCAGAGAAUUAAAAUUGACAAUAAAAAUAAUCUAGCCCCUGUUACUAAGCGGCGUCGGAAAUUAACUGCAUGUAGUCGCAAAGAGACAAUCCAGAAGGGAAAAAUUAUCUCGGUAUCUCCUGGAUUAAAACAAAAGGAGGCCAGCUGCUGUGAAGGGAAUCCUGAUGGCAGUGCAGAGAUCCCCUCUGAAGUAGAUCCAGUGGAGCAGCAAUUGUCAUCUGCCAGUUCAUCCAAAGGUAGUCCAACUAUUAGAGGUGAAGGCAUUCUCAGAAGUACUUGUGCUGGUGCUGAACAAACUCAUGUGGAACAUCAACACCGGACACUAAUUGACUUGAACUUACCUGUUCUUCUGGAUGGUGAAACUGAUGAGCCUUUCAUGGGGGAAGUGACAGAAAGUGAACAUGAAAACCCAAGCAGGCAGCCCAACAAUGCCAGUCAACCGGAAGCCACUUGUUGCAUGCCCAGCUCUGAGCUGCAGCCUAACAUGAAUGCUCGGAGACAGAGCACCAGAAAUCGGCCUCCAACCACCAAAGCGCUUGAAGCUCUUGCUUGUGGAUUUCUAACUACAACGCAGAAGCGAAAACGUAGGGAUGGUUUUGCACGGGAAAAUUACUUAUCAAGAGCUUCCCGACGAGCUCACGGUGGGGCCAAAGUUUCUGAGAAUUAUGGAGAUGGUAUGGUGGAUUUCAAAGCAGAGGUAAAAGGAAAUGGCAUGUGCAAUGGCAAUGGUGUCAUGGAGCAAACUUCCGACUUGACGCAAAUGGAAGUGGACUCAAAUCUUGGUGUCUCAUAAGAACGAGAAAUUUGCCGACUUGACAUAAGAAUGGAACUUCAACCAACAUUCUUCCCAUAAUGUCUGCAGGAAGGAGUGCCUUUUCUGGCUGCUAUAAAUUCCGUUACUACUUAUCCUUCCCAACUGCCGUAACACAUAAGCCUGCAGAUGCAACGAUCGAUGAACACUUCUCAAACUGGAGAAAGACAUCAAAACAAAGCGAUAUCUGUAAGUAUUGAGAGUCAGGAAGGAGAUUAGAAACCAACCAGUUGUAGCCCUUUUUUUUUUUUUUUGACAUAAUGAAUACUUUUUUCCAUUCCUAGUGUACACACAGAUGCAGUGUUCUUGAUUAUUUGUCCAGCAAUCGGAAUUUGACUGCCAAAACAAAUUGGGGUGGCAGACUCAAUCUUCUGCUCAGAUUUUGAUCAAGUGUACUCAUAAGACUGCUGUAUUAUAUAUUUAACUUUUCAUUUGUUUCUCUUUGAAAACCUUUAGUAAGCACCAUGUUUAAACA